GAUGGAAACAGGAGCUGCCACACCUAAGCAAGCCUGCGACACAAGAGGGCCGCGGCGGCGUGAGCUGGAUUGGGCAGAACCCAGACCCCUGCAGAGCCAAAUACCUGCUGAAGCAGGGUGUCGUGCCUCUGCCGCCUGCAAUCGAGCGAACAAACUCGCAGCCACAGGUGGCUUCGAGUUCGGAUGCGGCGGAGCUCGUCCGUAGCGAGUCCACCCCAGUGCUCCAAGAAAAGCCCCGUCGACGGCUGGCGGAGAUGUCCUGCAACAAGCACUACAUAGAGCAAAGGCUGAAGCUCGAAGAUGAGCAGCAGCUCAGGAGUGGGCCAGACAUGAAGGAGCUGAUCUACCAUGGUGUGUCCUAUGACCACCAGGGACGAAGAGCUUACCUGGAUGCGAGGAGGAGGGGUUUAUUCUGGUAUCGUUCCUGCGGCUUUGCGGGGUUAGGCAGUUUGUGGAUUUAUGAAUCUCGCCCCUCAAUUCCCACCUCGAAAAGAUCGUCAAAGCAGUAG